AUGUCUGAAACCUUCAGAGUAGCGAUCUGGUAUGUGUUUCCCAUCUUGUUGUCUGUACGCGUCUGUUUACAUUCCAACGUGCAUUGCAGUGGCGGGGGAAUCAGCGGGCUCACUCUCGCGGUGACAUUGGGGAAAUAUUCCAACAUACCUAUUGAUAUCUAUGAGUCUUCCUCCGAGAUCGGCACCGUCGGAGCUGGACUGGCUGUUUGGAAACGCACAUGGGAUGUUAUGUGCCGUCUUGAUCUCGACGACGAAAUGGACAAGCGAUCUAUCGCUAGGCCUUCGGAGGGCGAAAACCUGGCAAUGAUCUUUCGAAGAAGCGACCAGCCGGAAAAGGGUAUCGAAAUCAAUCGACUGAUAUCGUCGUAUUCUCCCAUACCUCUCCACCGUGGCACACUCGUCGACAUGUUGAAAAGUCGUAUUCCACCACGCUGCAAGGUUCAUACCGGCAAAGCCUUAACGUCGUAUGCCAUCAGAGACGAGGGAGGAUAUGUCUUGCAGUUCGCCGACGGUACCACGGACGAGACCGACGUCCUCGUUGGUGCUGAUGGCGUUCGUUCCGUCGUCAGACGACUUCUAUUCGAGGACCUUGCCCGUAAAGGAAACCUUCCUUCCGCAUUGUCCUCCCCGGAUGACCUUACAAAAGUCAUCGAGCCUCAGUGGUCCGGUACCAUGGUCUACAGAAGCCUCAUCCAAGCGCACAAGCUUCGGGCGAUUAGUCCCGACCAUCCUAUACCUCCAAGUCCAUAUAUUUACGAUUUUUUUUGGAAGCAUAUUAUCGCGUACCCGAUUGCAAACGGCAAAUUAAUCAAUUUCCUCGCAUUUGACACGAAUCUCGACAAUGAGGGGAAGCCCUUCAGUGGAAAAUGGGUCAGUGAUGCUCCAAAGGAAGAAGUUGCUGAAUUAUACAAGGCAUGGGAGCCACAAGUCAAAGCGAUGAUUGAGUCUUUGGAUGAAUCGACUUCACGAUGGGCUAUUCAUGUGUGCAGUUCCCUUCCAAUAUCCACUUCGGGUAACGUCGCACUCAUAGGAGAUGCAGUACAUGCUAUGACCACGCAUGUAUCUGGAGGUGCUGGCCAAGCGAUGGAGGACGCCUAUUUACUUGGUCGCCUCCUAGCAGACCCUACCACCACAAAAGAACGCGUUCCCGAGGCAAUGAAGAUCUAUGAAGACAUUCGACUACCCGCCGCAAACGAGGUAGUCUCUAUCUCCCGCGAUGUCGGUCUGAUGUACGAAUUCAAUGGAGCGGAAUGCGAUGGUUUAGAUCGUGACAAUGAAGAAGCGCUGGAGCGAUGGAGAAAAGUAAUUCUUGAGAAAUGGAGCUUUCAGUGGACUGGGAUACCAGAAGACGAUUGGGUAACAGCUCAGAGACAGCUGCGUCGGGAGACUGGUGCCUCGGAGAGUACGUAG